UUAUUUCAUCUCUUCGCUUGUGCUGCUGUGCAGCUGCUCUGCUUCCCCUCCCGGUCCCAUGGCUUCGCUGGAUCCCACAGACUUGAUUGAUUCCCUUCUGGCCAUGCGCAAGGCGGUCCGCGUGCUGUGCACAUACUGGAGGUGCCUGUUCCCAGUGUUCAUCGGGGCCUAUCUGUUCCACCUUGCACAGACCACGUUGCUGCUGAAGCUGGCAAGCCCCAGGAUCAACCUCGACUCCAUACCCUUCUACGUCUACGAGAUAAAAGACAAUUCAACCGCGCCAACAGCUGACGGCCUCGUGGCCAUGGCCGUUAAGACUUCAGGCAUGGAAAUCUCGCCCUUGUGGAAACUCCACUUCGUAGGGUAUCUAUUGUGGAUGUUGUCCAUGACGGUUAUCGCGCUUUCUUUCGCCAACGCCUAUCGUGAAGCUGUAGACAGAAGACCUAGGACAAGGGAUCAGGAGCAAAGGCAAGGCAUCGCUAUCUCGACCUGGAGAAAGUGCAAGAGUUUGGCAUUUGCAUUGGUAAUCUGGGAUGCCGUGGGCGCAAUACUGGGCGAAAUACUGGACGAACAAGGAGGAGGCAGAGACGCCAUCCACUACUUGGACUACGUCCAGCGGGAACCAGGACGUCUACAAGCGGGAGGAAGAGGACCAGAGGAGCCCGAGGAAGAGCGGGCGCGCGCUGAGGAGGCCACAUCAUCACCAGGCCAAGCGCACAUGGCAAUCGGGGUCCACGCAGAGGACGCCAAAUCAUCACUAGGCCGGGCGCGCAAGGCAAUGGGUGGCACUGAAGGCCCGAGGCCCAAGAGGCUUCGCCGGCCCAACAGCAAGUACUUCGGGCCGGACUGGACCAAGUAG